AUGGAGUCUGACGGCACGCUGGGAGGCGGCUCAAACUAUGAGCAAUCCCUCGAACUCAACAACCUACCCGACGAUACCACAUGGGGCCUGAAGCACAAGGUCGAAGCGGCUCGACAGAGAGAUGAACGCUCGGGAUUUCCUGCCCGUGAGCUGGGCGUGACAUGGCAGAACCUCACUGUUCAGGCUGUCAGCGCCGACGCGUCGCUUCACGAAAACAUCUUCUCCCAAUUCAACAUUCCCAGGCUCGUCAAGGAGUCCCGCCACAAGCCUCCUCUGAAGACCAUUUUGGAUAAGACACAUGGCUGUGUCAAGCCGGGUGAGAUGCUCUUGGUCCUCGGCCGACCAGGAUCAGGAUGCACGACGCUGCUCAACAUCUUGGCGAACCACCGCCGAGGAUACACCUCAGUCACUGGCGAUGUUCACUAUGGCUCCAUGGCUGCCGAGGAAGCCCAGCAAUACAAAGGACAAAUCGUCAUGAACACCGAGGAAGAAUUGUUUUUCCCCACCCUGACGGUCGGCCAGACGAUUGACUUCGCUACCCGCCUCAAGAUUCCAUUCCACCUUCCCGACGGCGUUGCAUCCAACGAAGAGCUGCGGGUGGAGAACCGAGAUUUCCUCCUCGAGUCCAUGGGAAUCCAACACACCUUCGACACCAAGGUCGGCAACGAGUUCGUUCGUGGAGUCUCGGGUGGUGAGAGGAAGCGUGUAUCCAUCAUUGAGUGUAUGGCAACAAGAGGAUCAGUCUUCUGCUGGGAUAACAGUACCCGAGGCUUGGACGCCAGCACGGCCCUGGAGUACACCAAGGCGGUUCGUGCCAUGACCGACGUCCUCGGUCUUGCAUCCAUCGUCACCCUCUACCAGGCGGGUAACGGCAUCUACAACCUCUUUGACAAAGUCCUCGUGCUCGACAACGGCAAGGAGAUGUACUAUGGACCCAUGAAGGAGGCCAAACCCUUCAUGGAGCAACUCGGCUUCAUCUGCUCCGACGGCGCCAACGUGGGUGAUUACCUGACCGGUGUCACCGUUCCCACGGAAAGAGCCAUCCAGCAAGGAAAGGAAAAGUCGUUCCCUCGCACUCCCGAUGCGGUGCGAACUGCGUACGAACAGUCGGACAUCUACCCACGCAUGAUUGCCGAAUACGACUUCCCGACCCUGGAGGAGACCAAAGAGAAGACGAGGCUCUUCAAGGAGGGCGUCAAGGGCGAGAAGCACAAGCAGCUGCCCGCCAACAGCGCUCUCACGACUAGUUUCUACACCCAGGUCAGGGCCUGUAUCACCAGACAAUACCAGAUCCUCUGGGGUGACAAGGCGAGCUUGAUCAUCACGCAGGUGUCUACCUUGGCGCAGGCCCUCAUCGCCGGAUCCCUCUUCUAUAAGGCUCCCAAUACGUCAGGCGGUCUGUUCCUCAAGGGUGGUGCCCUCUUUUUCGCCCUCCUCUUCAACAGUCUAAUCUCCAUGGCCGAAGUCACCAGCUCCUUCACUGGCCGUCCCGUCUUGAUCAAGCACAAGUCCUUUGCAUUCUAUCACCCUGCAGCCUUCUGCAUUGCGCAGAUCGCUACUGACAUUCCGGUUACCCUGUUCCAAGUCUCCGUCUUCUCUAUUGUGCUGUACUUUAUGGUCGGACUGAAGACAUCUGCUGCGGCGUUCUUCACUUUCUGGAUUGUCGUCGUCGCGACUACCAUGUGUAUGACUGCACUGUUCCGUUCCAUCGGCGCGGGAUUUGCAACCUUUGACGCCGCUUCGAAAGCUUCUGGUUUCAUGGUCAGCGCUGUGGUCAUGUACUGUGGUUACAUGAUUGAGAAGGCUCAGAUGCACGAUUGGUUUGUUUGGAUCUUCUGGAUCAACCCUCUGUCAUACGCCUUUGAUUCUCUGAUGUCGACCGAGUUCUACGGACAACUGAUUCCUUGCGUUGGGAACAACCUCGUACCGCACGGCCCAGGAUACAAUGAUCUCGCUCACCAGUCGUGUGCUGGUGUCGCCGGCGCUGUGCAGGGAUCGACCACGCUCACCGGUGAACAGUACCUCUCCGCUCUGUCCUACAGCCACAGCCACGUCUGGAGAAACUUUGGCAUCGUCUGGGCCUGGUGGCUUCUCUUCGUCGCCAUCACCAUCUUCGCUACCUCGAGAUGGCGCUCGUCUGCCGAGGGCGGAGCGUCUCUCCUCAUCCCCCGUGAGAACGCCCACAUCCACCAGGCCAUCCGCAACGACGAAGAAGCCCAGUCUUCCGAGGAGACCGCCGCCGACAAUGGUAAGGCCGAGAACGAGAAGCAAGACAGUGACAGCAAUGACGACAACCUCGUCCGCAACACCUCGAUUUUCACCUGGAAGAACCUCACCUACACUGUCAAGACCCCCUCCGGAGAUCGCGUUUUGCUGGACAACGUCCAGGGAUGGGUCAAGCCCGGCAUGCUCGGCGCUCUGAUGGGCUCCUCCGGUGCCGGAAAGACUACACUGCUCGAUGUCCUGGCCCAGCGUAAGACCGACGGUACCAUCCACGGUUCCAUCAUGGUCGACGGCCGAGAACUGCCCAUGUCCUUCCAACGGUCUGCCGGAUACUGCGAGCAGCUUGAUGUCCACGAGCCCUACGCGACUGUCCGUGAGGCGUUGGAGUUCUCGGCUCUGCUCAGGCAGAACCGUGAUACCCCUCGCGCUGAGAAGCUGGCCUACGUCGACACGAUCAUCAACCUGCUGGAACUCCACGACCUCGCCGACACGCUCAUUGGAACCACUGGAAACGGCCUCUCCGUCGAACAGAGAAAGCGUGUCACUAUUGGCGUGGAACUCGUCUCGAAGCCUAGCAUCCUUAUCUUCCUCGACGAGCCCACCUCCGGAUUGGACGGUCAGUCCGCCUUCAACACCGUCCGCUUCCUUCGCAAGCUCGCCAACGUCGGCCAAGCUGUCCUCGUCACCAUUCACCAGCCAUCCGCCCAGCUCUUCUCCCAGUUCGACACUCUGUUGCUGCUCGCAAAGGGCGGCAAGACCGUCUACUUUGGCGACAUUGGCGAUAACGCAAAGACCAUCCGCGACUACUUUGGCCGCUACGGCGCCCCCUGCCCCGAGGAAGCCAACCCCGCCGAGCACAUGAUUGACGUCGUCUCCGGUCACCUGUCCAAGGGCAACGAUUGGAACCAGGUCUGGCUCGCCUCGCCCGAGCACGAGGCCGUCACCAAGGACCUAGACCACAUGAUCCAGGACGCCGCGGCCAAGCCCCCCGGAACCUCCGACGACGGACACGAAUUUGCCCUCCCCAUCAUGGACCAGAUCAAGAUUGUCACCCACCGCAUGAACGUCUCCCUGUACCGCAACGUCAACUAUGUCAACAACAAGCUCACCCUGCACAUCACAUCGGCCCUCUUCAACGGCUUCUCCUUCUGGAUGAUUGGCGAUUCGGUAGGCGACCUCCAGAUGCGCCUCUUCACCGUCUUCAACUUCAUCUUCGUCGCGCCCGGUGUGCUCGCCCAGGUACAACCCCUCUUCAUCGACCGCCGCGACAUCUUUGAGACCCGCGAGAAGAAAUCCAAAAUGUACUCCUGGAUCGCCUUCGUCACCGGCUCCAUCGUCUCCGAGGUCCCCUACCUCAUCGCCUGCGCCGUCCUUUACUACGUGUGCUGGUACUACACGGUCGGCUUCCCCGGUGCCUCCUCCCGCGCCGGCUCCACCUUCUUCGUCAUGCUCAUGUACGAGUUCGUCUACACUGGUAUCGGCCAGUUCGUCGCCGCCUACGCCCCCAACGCCGUCUUCGCCUCCCUCGUCAACCCGCUCCUUAUCGGAAUCCUCGUCUCCUUCUGCGGUGUUCUCGUGCCCUACUCCCAGCUCCAGACUUUCUGGAAGUACUGGAUGUACUACUUGAACCCGUUCAACUACCUCAUGGGCAGCAUGCUCGUCUUCGACAUCUGGGGCACCAAAGUCGAGUGCAGCAGCAAGGAGUUUGCCCUCUUUGACCCGAUCAACGGAACGACCUGCGCUGAGUACCUGUCGGACUACUUGAAGGGUGUCGGCUCCGCCAGCAACCUCAUCAAUCCGGAUGCCACCUCCGGGUGCAAGGUCUGCCAGUACAGCAACGGCAGCGACUAUCUGAAGACGAUCAACCUCAAGGAGUACUACUACGGCUGGCGCGAUGCUGGUAUCGUCGUCAUCUUCGUCUUCAGCUCGUAUGCCCUGGUGUACCUCCUCAUGAAGCUCCGAACCAAGACUUCCAAGAAGGCUGAGUAA